CUUGAGGCAGCGGGGUCGAGCGCCCCGGAGUUAUUUUGAAAGUGACGCACGCGCAGCUGUCAUGAGGGGAAGAUGAGCGAUACCGUGAUCGCGGAGGGAGCAGCAAAAAUCAGAGACGGCAAAAAAUGGAGGAGUCGCUGGCUGGUUCUGCGCAAACCCUCACCGGUCGCAGAUUGUUUAGUGCUGUACGUGUAUAAGGAGCGGGGUGUGAAGGACAGGAGCAGCGUGACGCUGGAGCACAUCUGCGGUCUGGAGGCAUGUGUCAGCGCUGAUGGCGUUCCCUUCAUCCUCUCAAUCCUGUGUCUCAGUCAAACUGCCAUGCUUGGCUUUGACAGCAAGGAGGCGCUGCAGAGCUGGGACCUGCGACUGCGCUACUGCCUUGGGGAAGUCCACAGUUUCAGCGUCUCUGUGCUUCCUGGCACUAAACUGGAAAGCGGAGCAGCGACUCUGCAUUUAUGCAACAAUGUCCUGGUCAUCGCUAAAGACCUGCCAGCUGUCAUCAUUGGCCACUGGAAUCUGCUGGAUCUGCGGCGAUACGGGCCGGUCAACAACGGCUUUGUGUUUGAGGGAGGAACACGCUGUGGUUACUGGGCCGGCGUGUUCCUCCUGUCAUGUGCUGAGGGUGAGCAGAUCAGUUUUCUGUUUGACUGUAUUGUUCGUGGCAUUUCCCCGUCCAGAGGCCCUUUUGGACUGAAGCCACUGCUACCAGAGCCCAGUGUCAAUGCAGCUUUAGUGCAGGACAGACUAAACCAUGAAGCGGAGGAAUUGGAAAGGAGGCUCAGUCUGCUGUCUCAUAGCACAGCUUCCAGCUCCCGUUUCGGCUCUUCGAUGACAGCAGACGACCGCAGCAUAUCUGGUUCAUCUGACACCUCAGACACAGAUUGCAGUAUUAGCAGUCGCUCUGCAAUGUGGACCGAUCUGGUUCUGCCCAGCUCUGCAGAAACUCCUCACCCACAAGCAUCUCAGGUCGAAGAGAAACUCUCCACUGAACUGAAGGCCCCGACUGAUCCCGUUCUCUCACGGAAGCUAAAAGAAACCGGCCGACAGAACUCGUCUGACAGCGGCAUUGCGACGGGAAGCCACUCAUCUUACACAGGAAGCUUCUCUUCCUACAGUGGCAGUCUGGAUGCUGCCGGUCCGGGGGAGGAAUACGGCAUGCCGUUCAACCUGCCACCACCUGCUAUCCCAGAAAAACACCUGUGCGCAUGCAAUCAUGAGUACCAAAUUCCCUCUUCCCUACGAUACCUUUAUGACUCUCCCCGGAGUCUGCUGGAGAUCACCAGUGCUCCCGAGGACAACAGAGACAGUAGCAGAUCUCAAAAUAAUACUGGACUUAUAGAGCCGUUCGUCCGGAAACAGUCUGAAGAAUAUUCAGAAUCUCCCAGCCAAUCAGAUUCUGGCUCAGCUCUGAUUCAUUCUCUAGAGCUUGGUAAAAUGGAGGAGUCAAAGACAAGGAAGAGCUUAAUAAAAGGGGAGGAGUCUCAGGGAUUAUUUUGUAAUAAAAGCUGCAGUGAUUGUGCAAACUGUUCACUUCCUACUGUCGGCUCUAAAUCGGUCGUCACUACCUGCCACAUCUGCAGAGGACUCAAGGGUACAUUUCUGCCUCAUCCUGGAGGGACUUUACUGCCCACUGUGCCAAGUGUUACUUCAGCAGGUGAAUCUUCAUCCCCUCCCACUGGACCAGCCACCAAUCAGAAGCCAUUAUCUGGACAUUCACAGACCAAUGAGGAGGAGCAGUCUGAGGGCUACAUUUCCUGUCUGUCUGAUCUCCUGGCACAUUACAAUCCUGCUGGGAAAUCAGUCAGUAGUAGCGUUUAUGAGGCAAUGUCAUCGUCCAGACGCCCCGUUCACAGCAUACACAACAUCCUCUACGAGAACUGCCUCCAGUGCAGGAAAGGAGAGGGAAACUGCCGGGUGCUAAGACUCACUCCUCCAUCCAGACUCGCAAUUUUUGUCCAGGAUCAGAGCAGAGAUCCGAGUAGAAACAACUUGAACAUCCCAGAGUCCAUAUGCUCUUCCAUUGAGCAUCCCAGUAGGCCAGUCUCUCUGCAACAAAAACCUGAAGAAGAUAACAUAGAGAGAAUCUGGGCAGACAAAGGAAGAUCAGAUCCUGCCUAUGAAAUUAUGGAUGGCCGAACAACAGAGAGGAGCCCAGAGUUGGAGGAGCGGAGCAGGUUUGAGCUCAUUGGCAACUGUGCUGCUUCACAGAGGAUUUCUCAUCAUCUCACUGAAGGUGGAGUGCUUGCGUUUGCAGUGGAUGGCUCAGCGGUGACGGACAGGCUCAGAGGAGAUGCUGUAACAUACGUCAAUAUUCCCACCAGCCCCACGUCCAAAAAACAGCUGCAUUACAUGGAACUAGAGCUGCAGGAGUCCAGCACAACCAUCAGAGGGAAAAGCUCCAGUAAAUAUGCUCAGAUUGACAUUGCAGCGACCGAGGCAGCUCACAGAGCAGUUACCCAGCAUGCACUGGGGCGAGAAGAAGGUCUACAGAGACUGGAGCAGCAGAGGAGAAGACGAGGAUUGAAAGAGGACUGAACUGAGAAACACUUUAUCUGGAGAUUUCAUGAUCAUCUUUUGCUCUAGACAAACUGACCAAAACACUAUAUAUACAGACUAUAUUUAUGUGACAUGACAGUAAUACACUUUUGUGUAUCUACAGAAGUUUCCAGUAAUUUUCUCAUAUAGUUGACUGUGGAAUUCACUAUGUAGUGAAUAGUGAGUGAGUGUGCAGUGUCAGUCAUAGUAUAUACACAAAUGUUUAAAAUACAGUAAUGUAUAUCUCACACUGCUUAGAUGAACACACAUUUUUAAUUUUAUUUUUUCUAAGUACAUUUUUAUUUUAUUUAUUUUUUACAUUUAUUUAGUUUUAAUAUGUUGAAUAUUACUUUCUAUUUUUUUCUUUCUAAUUUUCUAACUUUCUGCAUCUUUUUUCUAACCUUCUGCAUUUGUAUUAAAUAUGCUGCAUUUA